CGCCGCGCCGCGCCACACCGCCCAGCCACCCACGCGCGCACGCCCGGCCCUCACCUCUCCACCACCGUCCCUUGCUGCCGGUCCCGCCUCGCCGCUCUCCUCUGCUCCCAACCGCUCCUUUCCUUCCUUUUGCCGCUCGCCCCACACCCCCGCGCCUCCCCGCCCGGCCCCGGCGCCGGACCGCCGGCGGCGAAAACCUAGAUACGUACCCCGCCGUCGGGAGCGCCGGCGCCCGGCGCGCCCAUGUCGUCGUGCGAGUGCCUCGUGGUCGAGAAGGUGUCGGAGGACCACGCCGGCGGCGGCGAGGCGACGGGGGAGCGGCGGGGCGGCGGCCGGGCCCCGCGCUCCGAGGCCAUGUUCCCCAUCUACGUCAUGGGGAGCUCGCGGGCGCGGGCCGUGCUCCUCGACCCCUCCGCCGCCGGGGACCCCAUAUGGGAGGCCGUCAAGGCCGAGGCCAGGUCCGAGGCAGAGAAGGAGCCUAUUUUAAGUAGCUUCUUAUAUGCGAGCGUAUUAUCUCACGACUGUCUGGAGCGGGCGUUGAGCUUCGUCCUUGCAAACAGGCUUGAAGAUCCAACCUUACUUGCGACUCAGCUAAUCGACAUUUUCAAUGACGUCAUGAUGAAUGAUGUAGAUAUACGCCGUUCCAUUCGCCUUGAUGCUCAGGCCUUCAAAGGAAGAGAUCCUUCCUGUGCACAAUAUAGCUGGGCCCUAUUAUACCUAAAGGGUUACCAUUCCUUGCAGUCCUAUAGGAUAGCUCAUGUUUUAUGGAAUCAAGGGCGUAAGGUUCUGGCGUUGGCGCUGCAAAGCCGUAUCAGUGAGGUUUUUGCAGUGGAUAUACACCCAGCUGCCAAAAUUGGAGAAGGAAUAUUGUUGGAUCAUGGAACAGGUCUAGUCAUUGGUGAAACUGCUGUUGUUGGCAACUGGGUUUCAUUAAUGCAGGGUGUUACACUUGGAGGUACUGGAAAGGAACACGGAGAUAGGCACCCCAAGAUCGGUCAGGGAGCUCUUCUUGGAGCUGGUGCUACUAUCCUUGGCAACAUAACUGUAGGCGAAGGUGCCAUGAUUGCCGCUGGUUCCCUUGUUUUAAAGCAUGUAGCGCCUCACAGCAUGGCGGUAGGAAAUCCUGCGAAGGUAGUUGGCUAUACAGAGAAAGAAGACCCUUCGUUAACUAUGAAGCAUGAUGCAAGGAGAGAUUAUUUCGAGCAUGUUGCCGGUAGUUUUCCAGACGGUAGAUCCAAUGGGAGUGUCGUGAAGUAAAAAACUUGCAAGGAUGAAUGGAAUUUUGGACAUUUCUACAUCCUGGAGGACAUAGGGCGCUGGAUAUUUGGCGACGCAUGAGUGGUGCUUCCCCCUGCCCAGCAACCCUCUUGUGAGACCAUGCAGGCGAGCCCGCCAAGGGUCUCCGAAAGCUCCCCAGAUGUAUUUAUCAUGUGCCCUUACUGAUGCAAUAAUGUGAAGAUGUUUUCUGUAAAAACUGGAAGGAAUGGUACAGAUAUAAUCUGUAGAGAUCUCCAGCAGCAAGCUGUAGAUACCUCAGAUCAGUGCGUGUGGCCUCAACUAUGUGAGCCAGCUACACUUUUCUGGAUCAGCAUCAAAAGAAAGUAGUUAUGCGUGGCCUGGUCGUCUCUGCAUUUAAAUUUC